AUGAAUAAAAUCGGCUUAUUUACAUUUACAAGCAAACUACUAAAGAAUUCCUCUAGCAAUACGAGUCCAGUCGUUCAAAGAUUGCUACAAACUUCCACUAUAAACAUGGUCAAGGUAGGCGAUAACGUACCAAAUGUAGAUCUUUUCGAAGAUUUGCCCACCAACAAGGUCAACCUUGCCGAUUUGGCCAAAGGCAAAAAAAUCAUUGUUUUUGCUGUUCCUGGUGCUUUCACUCCUGGUUGCUCCAAAACUCAUUUACCAGGUUACGUUUCCAAAGCUGACGAACUAAAAAAACAAGGCAUUGCGGAAAUUGUUUGCGUCUCUGUAAAUGAUCCCUUUGUCAUGGGUGCUUGGGCCAAAGACCAAGGGACAACAGGCAAAGUUAAACUUCUAGCUGACCCUUCUGCUGCUUUAGCUAAAGCCUUGGAUUUGACUGUUGAUAUUGCACCACUGGGAGGCAUUCGUAGCAAGAGAUACUCGAUGGUGGUUGAAGAUGGUAAGAUAACUUCGCUCCAAGUGGAACCGGACGGCACUGGAUUGUCCUGCUCAUUGGCAGACAAAAUUAAAUUAUAA